AUGACGACUACCGUAACCCCGGGGAUUACGGUAGACACGUCCCUCCAGGCCGUCGGCUAUCCGGCCCUGUUAUUGUCGUGCUGCGCGUUCGGCACCAUGUUUGUGCCGUUGAGACGUCGAAAUUGUAAAGAUGGUAAGCGAAAAGGGGUACUGUAGGCGUACUGUAGGUCUCGGCAACUCUUCUCCAGGAUUUUUCGUGCAAUGGAUCGAAUGUUCGGUGGUCUUCACAGUCGGAUGCGUUUUUUACGCGGCCCGCGGAUUUCCCGACUUUGAACCGAUCGCCUGUAUCGGAGGAUUACUGUAUGCCACUGGUGAGCACAAAAAAUGUGUUUACUUUUUAAAGUAAACGCUGUUGAUGCGCAGGAAACGUGUUCAGUGUGCCGAUUGUUGAAGGCAUCGGAAUGGGCGUCGGAUUCUUGAUUUGGACCAGUUUACAGGUAUUUUUGAAUUUGAAACUGAACUCCCGGCGGACAAAUGUUCAUGAUCAUGCCACGUUUUCCGGAAUUUGUUCUUCCUCCUGUAAAUCAGAAAUGCCUAAAAGUUGUGGCCGUGGCCUAGAAAACGCUCAGGUGUGAAAACUCUUCCCCCAUUGAACUUUGACAAUCUUCUGUUCGAUUGUGUGAAUGCUUGGCAACGUCUGAGGAUUGUUCGAAAAAGAUCUCAUGACCUAGGAGUUUUCUAGGCCACGUCUGUAGCCAUUUUUGAUAUAUUCUCAUAUAAGAAUCCAAAACUUAAAAAAAAGAACAUGUUUGCAGAUAAUAGUCGGCUGGGGAGUGGCUCGAUUCGGUCUUUUCCAAUGGAUUGCUCCACAAAACGUGAAAAACGACAUUUUGAAUUAUGUCGGCAUCGUUUUGACCAUCGUCAGGUGCACUUUUUGGGCUGACACAAAAAAAACGCGACAUUUUUCCAGUGGCAUUUUAUUGAUUUUUGUGAAACACGUGGAGCCGGAGCCCGAAAACGAGUACGACGUGACGGGCAAAGAAACGGCGCAUCGCGAGCAAAUCGAUAGCGAUCGGGACGAGAAUUCCGCUUUUGACCUGCCCGCAUUGACCAGAAAAGUGCCGUGAGUUGAGGGAAAAGCGAUGAAUUUUGUGAAACAAGUCUGGAAAAAUGUAUAGAAAUUCUUUUUCAGCUACAUUUUGAUGGCCAUCAUUUUGGCAUGUCUACACGGUCUAAUGAUGUCGCCGAUCGAGUAUUUGAAGCAGAAAAACCCGCCGACCGACGCUUUUCAAGGUUCAUUUUCAAAACAUUCUCAAAAAUUCGCUAUAAGAGUUCAAAAGCCCGAAAAAAUGCGUAACAACCGGAUUUCAGUGUUCGACUACAUUUUUCCCUUCUACACUUCGGUUUUCCUCUUCUCAACCCUCUAUUUUCUCGCCUAUUGUCUGAUUUUGCGACGAAAAGCGUAUGUGGAGCGUAAUUUGGUGAUUCCGGCGAUCGGAUACGGCCUUUUGUGGACGGCCGGUGAGUUUCUAGGCCAUGGGCUCAAAGCAUCGCAAAAAAUUGCAAAAUUUUUCAGGAAUGACGUUAUGGUUCGUCUCAUCCGAUAAAUUGUCCCAAGUGGUCGCCUAUCCGUGCACCGCCCGUCUUCCGCCGCUAAUCAGCGGCGCACUCGACGUUUUUGUGUUCAAAAGCAUUCAGGUCGGGCGGGAAUUCGAAUUGUUGCCAACCAUUCUUUACAGGGCCGUCAAUCCUAUCUAAUUUUGGCAAUUUCCUCCAUAAUUGGUGUCGUUUCAGUAACAAUGAUUGCACUUUCCAAUCAACUUUGA